AAGUUACAGGUGCAUUGUGUUUUUCUAUCUUUUGGUUAAUUAUAUAACUUUUGGAUCUAAAACAAAACGUCUAAUUGGAUAUUCAAUUACAGUACCACAAUGAAGGCUAGAUAAAGGAGUAUACACUUUAUGCUGGCAGCGGUGAAUAUAAGCGAUUUGUUUACAAAGAAACUGAUCCGACAUACGAUCACCUCCAGCAUUCGAGAAAGAAUGAGGGCCAUCGUUUCAAACUGGAAAUUUGAUAAAAUAAUGAGCUAUGCAUUUAUCUUGGGUAUUGUUCAUCAUUCGACAACAUACGAGCUAAAAGAGCGCCCUGACUGUGAAUGGUAUUGUAAGAAAGAACAACAAUGGGACGGCUUAUGCCCUGUAUAUGGGUCCUGUCGGUGGUAUUGUCAGGCGAAACGCAAAGACUGCACCCCGGGUACACGAUAUCAUUGUGCCAGAGAUUUGCAUAACAAGGACUUAUUUAAUGAAACGUGCGCACCAGACAUAAUUUGUUUGGCAGGAGAAGAACCUCAAAUAUCUUUACAACAGAGUGGCAAAGCUUUUGUGUAUUGCCGACCAUGUUACCGACAAAACAUGUACAAUGGUCGCCAUAACACAUCAUCGGCGGUUUUUAGUGAAUGUCCUUCUAUAAAAACAAACCUGUGUUUGAAAACUGAGCACAAGGUUGACUGUGACAAAACUUCAUAUUUGGAACUAACAAAAACUGAUGGAUAUUGUCGAUGUGACGCAAGAAAUGGUUAUGCAGCGCAAUCAGAGGAAAUGUGUUUUUAUCAAAAUAAACGCUGCUUCAAGAAGAAAUGUCCUGAAGGCAACGUUCUUUCUUUGAAUUGCACGUGUGUAAAGGAAUGCCCCGUCGGAUUCGCAAGAUCAGAUGAAUCUGAUAUUUGCAACAAACUGAAAAGUCCUUACCCUGCGACCGCCUCCGUAUUUACAACUGUUGUUGAAGACAAGGACACACACUUUUCUACCGAAAAUCCUCCGAAUAUGUCAAUGUCGAAUAUACGAAUAUUCGAAUUGGUAGUCACAGGAGUAACUUUAUUGAUUGCAGCCUUUAUAGUGUUUGUCUUUCUUAAAGAGAAGAAAGAUAAAUGCAUACACUUGGUGUCUAGUUAUCGGGGGAAAGCAGUAAGGCGUUUACAGCAAGAAGAAAUACCGUUGAAAAAAAUUGAGCAAGACGAAGGAAAGCCAGAAGUCUUGGCAUUAAAGUCUACCAUAUCCUCUGAAGAUAAGUUGGAUUAUUUUGGCAAAGCUGCUUGUUUAUUGGAGAACGUAACUGCAACAUGUUCAGCCUUGACAACCAAAGCUACAAUCCACGACGCUCAAGCCCAAACGGAUACGAAGGCUACAUACAAAAGAUCUUCAACAUCGCAAACACGAAAAUAUACACCCCAGGAUAGAUAUUGCUGGUUUUGAGACAUAUGGGAUUCCUGGAGUUGAAACUGCGGAUCUUUACCUACUGAUAAGUCAUCUACUGUGUGGCAACGAAAAUUUGAAGACCACUCUUCAAUUGGCUGCUGCACGAUACGGAAUACAGCAUUUUGAUACAUAUUUU